AUGAAGAUGUUAUUCCUUUUGAUGUUCCUGAUGCACAAGGUAGUUACUCUGAGAUGCCCUUCAAGUGAAGCUUUCCCUCUUCCACAUGAGUGGUUCCAGCCUGGGGAUCUCGUCAUUGGUGGGAUGGUGUCUCAAAUUUUUUACAACUUUUAUGAAAUUGAAUUUAAGGAACACCCUUCUCUAAAUCCUUAUGACUUAUCUCUUGUAAUAACCAAAUUCUACCAGCAUGUCCUUGCCUUGGCCUUUGCUGUGAAGGAGAUCAAUGAGGACUCCCAGAUCUUACCUAACAUCACCCUUGGGUUCCACAUCUAUGAUAGUUAUUACAACCCAAGCAUGACCUAUCGCUCCACUCUGGACCUACUAUUCAAAUCCCAGGAAUUUGUCCCUAACUACAAAUGUGAUACCCAGAAGAAUCUCAUGGCCAUCAUUGGAGGAUUAGAUGCUCCUACUUCAUCCUAUAUGGCACAAGUUAUAAGUAUCUUCAAGAUUCCACAGAGCCUUGUGCAUAGUCUUUCAUGUAUUCUCUACCUGGGGCAGAGAACGGCAGAAGUGCAUUCAAGAGAAGUUAAAGGCUUCAAAGAAUUUCUUCAAGUCAUCAAACCUUCCACCCAUAAAGAUGGAUUUCUUCAAGAGGUUUGGCAACAAUUGUUUGACUGUGUGUUUUCAAAAGCAGACUUACCUUCAUCUAUCAAUGGAACUUGUAGUGGGGAAGAGAAUUUGGAGAAUCUGCCUGCACCUCUGUUUGAGUUGAAGAUGACUAGCCAAAGCUACAGUAUCUACAAUGCUGUUUAUGCAGUGGCACAUUCUUUGCAUGAGGCAGUGAGAUCAAGUCCCAAAUGGACAAAAAUUCAAAGGGUUGAAUUUCCAAAUCUGCAGCCUUGGCAGGUUCUUCCUGUUUCUUUCUGUAAUGACCAUUGUUCCCCUGGAUCCUGGAAGAGAAGGGCUGAAGGCAAUCAGUUCUGUUGCUAUGACUGCAUUCCAUGCCUAGAAGGAAAGAUUUCUAAUGGAACUGAUAUGGAUGACUGUUUUGAAUGUUCAGAAGAUCAUUAUCCAAAUAAAGAAAAGAAAGGAUGUAUCCUGAAACGGCUGAUCUUUCUAACUUUUGAAGAAACCUUAGGAAUUGGUUUAGCUUCAGCAGCUCUUUGUUUCUUUCUCUUGACAUCUUGGAUACUUGGAACUUUUAUUAAACACAGGGACACUCCCAUUGUCAGAGCCAACAACAGGUCUCUCACCUAUACCCUCCUUGUCUCGCUUUUCUUCUGUUUUCUCUCCUCUUUUUUAUUUCUCAGCCAACCUGGCAAAGUGACCUGCCUUCUCAGACAACCAACUUUUGGAAUUACCUUCUCAGUGGCCAUUUCUAGUGUACUGGCCAAAACCAUCACGGUGGUUGUGGCUUUCAUGGCCACUAAACCUGGAUCUCAAAUGAGGAAGUGGGUGGGGAAAAGAUUGGCCUUUGCUGCUGUCCUUUCCUCUUCUCUUGUUCAAGUAUGUAUUUGUACUCUUUGGUUGUCAACAUAUCCCCCAUUUCCUGAGUUAGAGAUGCACUUAGAGACCCAAGAAGUGAUUUUACAGUGCAAUGAGGGGGCAGCUACAUUCUUCUAUUGUGUCUUGGGCUACAUGGGUUUCUUGGCCAUUGCCAGCUUCAUUGUGGCUUUCUUUGCCCGUAAAUUACCUGACAGUUUCAAUGAAGCCAAGUUCAUCACCUUCAGCAUGUUGGCCUUUUGCAGUGUGUGGGUCUCCUUCCUUCCAGCCUAUCUGAGCACAAAAGGCAAAGCCAUGAUAGCUGUGGAGGUCUUCUCCAUCUUGUCUUCCAGCGCUGCAUUACUGGGAUGCAUAUUCUUGCCAAAGUGCUACAUCAUUGUUUUGCGGCCUGAGCUAAACCACAGGGUACGAUCAACAAUCAACAAUAAAGGAAGCAGCACCCACAAGAUAUGCAGCAAACAUAUGGUGAGAAUAUAUAUUCCAAUCCUGGUGAUAUUCAAGAUAAAAAUUGGCACCCGCAUAGCUCUUCAAACAGAAAUUGAUGGAUUGUCCCAUGAAGGACAUUUUCAGAUAAAAUCUUUGGAUUAA